GAAAAUGAUGCUCCGUAAGAGUGUUACUGAGAGUUUUGGAGCCGCCAUCCACGGCCUGGGCGCCAGCCAGCUGACAGAUGGCGUGAUUAGACGGAGCAAGCGGAUGAUACUGGACAACCUGGGCGUCGGCCUGUUGGGAUCUAGGACUGACGUCUUCAAGAAGGCUCUCAAUUACAGCCAGUCGUUCCAGUCAGAGGAGAAGAGCAGCGUCUGGGGAAAAUCCGAUGUUACUUUGCCUCCGCACUUUGCUGCUUUUGUCAACGGCGUGGCGGUUCACGCCAUGGACUUUGAUGACACAUGGUACCCGGCGACUCACCCUUCGGGGGCUGUGCUUCCCGCACUGCUAGCCUUGGCGGAGGUCAAGCCCAGACGGCCCUCUGGACUGGACUUGCUGGUGGCUUUCAAUGUUGGCAUUGAAGUGCAGGGCAGACUUAUGAGGUUCUCCAGGGAGGCCUUUGACAUUCCGAAAAGAUUCCACCCCCCCAGUGUGGUUGGCGUCAUGGGCAGCGCAGCGGCCUCGGCCAAGCUUUUGGGUUUAUCAUUACAACAGUGUACACACGCUCUGGCCAUUGCGGCCUGCUCGGCGGGGGCACCGCUCGCCAACGCUGCCACCCAGACCAAACCUCUGCACAUGGGCUACGCCGCCCAGAGGGGCUUGGAAGCGGCUCGCCUCGCCCAGAUGGGCUUGGAGGGCAACCCGGCUAUCCUGGAUGUGGCGCAUGGAUUUGGGGUGUACUACGAGGACUACAGUCCUUCAGCUAUGGUUCCCCCUGGUGUCAGUGGCUCAGGUUGGAUCCUGGAAGAACAGGAUGUGGCGUUUAAGCGCAUGCCUGCUCAUUUGGGAAUGCACUGGGUUGUCGAUGCAGUGGUGGCGGCCCGUGCUAACUUGGAAAGAACCACAGGUCAACACUUUGACGUGGGCCGGAUAAGGCGCAUCAUUCUGCGAGUUCCAUCUUCCAAGUACAUCAACUGUCCCUUUCCCAAUACGGAGCACCAGGCUAGGCAUUCCUUCCAGUUUAAUGCUUGCUCUGCCCUCCUGGAUGCCAGUGUGUCGGUCUCCUCCUUCAGCGAAGCUCAAAUGGAGCGACCACUUCUGAAGGAGCUCCUGGGCAAAUUAGAGGUGGAAAUUCCACGGGACAACCAAGCCAGCUUUGACAAGAUGUACAGUGAAGUUGUGAUCGAGACCCAUCAGGGGGAAACCUUCUCUGCCAGGUGUGAUACCUUUUACGGGCACUGGAGGAAACCACUGAGCCAGGAGGACCUGGCGGAGAAGUUCAUGGCCAACGCUUCCACUGUGUUAAGCUCAGAGGGAGUAGAGGGAGUGAUGGAUACCAUAAGAAACAUGGAAAUGGAGAGACAAUGCACAUCCUUACAUUCAUACAUGCGAAUGACGAGUGAUGAACAUGACCAACAAUGUCGCUCAAGGGUGUUCCAAAGUGGAUAAGGCCAGUCAUGCAAACCCAUUUGAA